UGAUGACGCCACGCGUAAGAUCACGGGACGUAAAUUGCAUUGAACGCAUGUAAACAAAACCUGACAAGUGUUGCUGCGUACACAGAGAGUCUAAGAAAUGGGUGUCAAAGGUCUUCAGUCGUUUAUGGAGCGCUGCUGUCCGGGAGCCUGUGUGACGGUGAACCUCAAACAAAUGGCCAGAAAACAUGCUGACAAAAUACAGCAGGGCUUCACAACCCCAGCUAACACAUACAGCCCAACACUUGUUGUGGAUGGUAUGGCAUGCCUGCGCCACUGGUACUCGUGUAAGGACUGGGUGUGUGGAGGUCAGUGGAAGGAGUACAUGGAGGUGCUUAAGAGCUGGGUGGAGGCCUUCACCUCAGCAGGAAUACGACUGGUCUUCUUUUUUGAUGGGGUGGUGGAAGAGCAGAAAAGAAAGCAGUGGGUGAAAAGGAGACGCAGAGUGAAUGGAGAGAUUUCAAAAAUGUUUCGUCACCUGAAGGCCCAUGGUGAGCAGCCUGGUAGAGAGCUCUUUUGUCUUCCUUCUGGUCUGGCUACUUUCACACACUUUGCUCUCAGGUUAUUGGGUCAGGAGGUGUUUUGCUCAGUGCGGGAAGCUGACUAUGAGAUUGCAAGCUAUGCUCGUCAACAUAAAAGUAUGGGCAUUCUGGGACAGGACUCAGACUUCAUCAUAUACGACAGUGCCCCUUACUUCUCUGUGGCAAAGCUGCAGAUUCACAGCCUUACUACAGUCCUGUACAACCAAGAGAGGCUCUGUCAAACCGUUGGAUUGGAUGUUAACCAGCUACCACUGCUGGCCUGUCUCCUAGGUAACGAUGUGGUGUCUGAGGAGAAGAUGCAGCACAUCAGGAACAAUGCAAUUUCAACUUACAGGAUUAACAACCCUGCAUCACACUCUGAUGCUCCUCCGGGGCAAAUGGUGCUAGCUGUAUCCCACUUCGUGAGCUUGUUGUGGAGGAGAGAGGAGGAAGAUGUUGAGCUUAUCCUCCAUUCCCUGAACCUGUCGGCUCCUCUCAGAGAACUGCUGCAGAGGGGAAUUAGCUCAUAUAUACUUCCUGGACAGGAAGCUCUUCAGCAGGGUUACAUCUCUGCACCUUCCUCUGCCUUUGCAUUUGAGAAACACGUUAGUCCAGAAAUAUUAAAGGCCUGUAGGGAGAAGCAUGUGGCAGCAGACGGUUUCAUGGUUUAUAGUAUUGUGUGCGAGGGAGUCAUUGAAUGUAGCAACACUCUAGAGGAUGAGGAGGACACUGAACUGUUGCCUCACGCCCUCGUCUACAAGCCCUGCAGACAACGCAUCUAUGGGCUGGUGCUGCUGCACGGGCAUGAUGGCUGCAGUGAUGACCCUCCAGUGAUCAGGGAAUGGUUUGUAUACCCUGGAAAUCCUCUGAAGGAUCCUGACAUGGUCCAUCCUGUCCCAAUCAGUCUCCCAGGUGAUCAGCCCAGUCUGGACUUACUUUGGUUCGGCACUGGCCCUGACGUAUCUGCACUCCGCUUGAUGUCCUUCUUCUCAAUUUUUGACUGCCAGGAGUUUUCAGAGUUGCACGGAGUGAUUGAAGACUCUCUCCUGGCUGCUCUCUGCCUGGUCACUUACAUUGCCCUCCAGGUACAAACUUUGUCUCAAGAGGACGUAGAUGCUUACCUGAGUCAGGCGGUGUGCCUGAGAUUAAAAUCCUCUCAGGAGCUGAAAAACAUCAAGCUGCCUGUCCUCUGCAGCCGUGCAUUGCAGCUGGGAUCUCUCUUCGUCCGGGGACUGGGCAACCUGCUGGGUGCUAACUAUGCCAGCGGCUGCCCACUGCCCAGCGCUGCCCUGAUGCCUUGGCAAUGCUUUGAUGGACGUCUGUUCCACUCAAAGUACCUGCUGGCACACAACUCUGCGGAGAAAACUGUGCUGCUAGAGAAUGAUUCAACCUGUUUGUCUGUGUUUCUCUGCUUGAGAGAAAAACUCACAGAAGCCUGCAUGAAACGAAGCAAAGUCCUGCAGUCCAGACCCAAACCACCUGAGCAAAGUCAUAAAACCACACCAGGACCCCGAUACAGAGAGAGACAAACAGGUGAGAUCUGUCAAUCUUCAGGCAGUGGUAAGAACUGGAGGGAGCAAGGGGAGAUGACAGGAGGCCGACAACAUGGAGGAGGAUGGAGGGAGCAAGGGGAGAUGACAGGAGGCCGACAACAUGGAGGAGGAUGGAGGGAGCAAGGGGAGAUGACAGGAGGCCGACAACAUGGAGGAGGAUGGAGGGAGCAAGGGGAGAUGACAGGAGGCCAACAACAUGGAGGAGGAUGGAGGGAGCAAGGGGAGAUGACAGGAGAAAGAAGAGAAUAUGGAAACAGAGAGGGACAGUGGGAAAGAGGAGGGUACAGAGGAGGAGGCUACAGUGGAAGGCAGCAUUUUCCCCCUAAUCCUCACUCUUAUGCUGACUUCCAGGAUGAAGGGCCCUACGACACUAGCCGUCAUCCAAAACAGUCCAGAGGAGGAUCUAAUGGCAGUAGAGGAAGAUAUCAUCUGGCCCCGAGGUGGUCUCGCCCUCCUACUUCAGGGACAUAACUCCACCGUGAACCAGAGAGGUGAGAAGAAAAGAGAAGGAUUAGAGGAAAAGAUUUAAGGAAGUUAAGAGGAUGGGGAGGACAUGAUGAGAUUAGCGGAGGAAUCAAAUGUCUCUGAGCAAACUGAUUAGUGAAUCACUCAUCAGGAGUCUUUGUCUAAAGGAUGCAGGAGGGAAGGCAAUCAAGAGGAGGCAGAAUGAAGCAUAAGGACCCCUUCAUUUGCCUGUUUGGGUUUGUUGUGCAUGUCAAAAUAAUCUUGUGGCUGUACUAUUGAAGACAUUUAUUAAAAAAGCUCCUCCUUGUCUCAGGGAAAGUUACCUGUUUAACUGUGACAGUGAAUGAACAGCGAGGAUGAGCACUCUCCAAACAAACACACAGAUGACCCCAAACACACUGAGAAGUGGAUUAAUGGCUAAUCCUCAAGCCGGUUUUACCUCUUAUCUUUGUCAAUAAAAGAGAGAAGAUCUUUGAAGCUUUGCUUCCAGUAGCAUAAUCUUCUGAUGGGACUGGUUUUAAGUGGAGGAACAGUAUGGCCAGUAUCAACUGAACUGAGGCAUCAGACACACAGAUUAUUAGGGACAAAAACAAAGUGAAGGAAUAUAAGUUUCUGUUUUUUUCUUAACACAGAAGAAAGUGAGUUAUCUGUUUGUCCCAUAAAUACAGACAAACGUUUAUAUAUGCCACUGUUCUCUUCUUUGUCUGCUGAUAAAUUGUCUUGAUUCCGAGCCCUGAUAAAUGAUCAACACUUAUUCUGGUGUUAGGGGCUUCAGGUUGAAUACAUUUAUUGGUAUUAAUUAAUGACUGGUUUGAGUAUUUGAUCAGUCUUGAUACAAAUUUAAAUGUCUUCAAAUAAUAAACAUGAAAAACAUUCA